GAAGGUGCAUCUGCCCGAAAGACUCAAACUCCUGCAGCACAGCCAGUACCAAGACCAGUUUCUCAAGCAAGACCUCCCCCAAAUCAGAAAAAAGGAUCACGAACGCCUAUUAUCAUCAUUCCUGCAGCUACAACUUCUUUAAUAACCAUGCUCAAUGCAAAAGACCUUCUGCAGGAUCUGAAAUUUGUACCAUCAGAUGAAAAGAAGAAACAAGGCUGUCAACGAGAAAAUGAAACUCUAAUACAGAGAAGAAAAGAUCAGAUGCAGCCAGGAGGCACUGCAAUCAGUGUCACAGUACCUUACAGAGUAGUGGACCAACCCCUUAAACUCAUGCCUCAAGACUGGGACCGGGUUGUAGCAGUUUUUGUUCAAGGUCCUGCUUGGCAGUUCAAAGGUUGGCCCUGGCUUUUGCCUGAUGGAUCACCAGUUGACAUAUUUGCUAAAAUUAAAGCCUUCCAUCUCAAGUAUGAUGAAGUUCGUCUAGAUCCAAAUGUUCAAAAAUGGGACGUAACAGUAUUAGAGCUCAGCUAUCACAAACGUCAUUUGGAUAGACCAGUUUUCUUACGGUUCUGGGAAACAUUGGAUAGGUACAUGGUAAAGCAUAAAUCCCACUUGAGAUUCUGAAUUAUUUGGUUCCUCCUUUUCUGAAAAUCUGGAUGAAGCAUGGAUAUAUCUUGAUCUAAAGACUGAGACUCAAGCUUUAUGAAUUUAUCAAGAACUUACAAAUGAAGAAGGUCACAUCAAUCUUUUAUAAGACCUUAUUUGAUGCUUUGUGCUUCAAAGAGAUGAUGCCUGUCAUCCAUAUAAGCAAACUUUUUGGCUUACAACUAUUUUUUUAAUAUUAGCCUUCUAGUCUGUAAUGGAAAUUGUAUAUUUUGAUAGAAGUUUUUUUCUCUAUUGGUUAAAAUUAGCAUUACUUAAAAUUCAUUUCUUUAGAAAUACAGGUUAUAAAUGUGUGUAUAUUUAGAGGUUAUAAGGCCAUCUUGCUUCUGAUUUUUCAUUGCUCUAUGGCUCCUUUUACUGAAAAUACUGUGUUAUGAGUGGUAUUAAAUUUUAGACUCUGGAACUUCAAAAACCCAUCAAAGGGAUGUGACUAUUUUGAAUUCAUCAAAAUGUCAACCUGUAUGUACACUAUGUCUAUACUUACUCUUUAUUUAAAAAGGAAUAAUGAAAAAUCAAGAACAACUCUUCAGCCUUUCCAGGACUUGUUUUCUUUUUAUAAAUGAAUACAUUUAAUGAAUGUACAUUCUUCUCAUUGACUUUGAUGAUUUUAAAACUUAGAAUGAUAUAUUUCUAUCUGGGAUAUCUUUCCACUUGAAAACACAGAUUAAAACAUAAUAGGCUGUAGUAAUUUUUA